AUGUCAUCAAGGUUUCUUGCCUUGAAUUACAGUGAGACUAUAGCGCCUCUUCCACCUAAAUCUGUUCUUUUUGCGGGCACUCAAUGGGCCAAGAUUACCCAACGACUCAUCCUUGAAGCACUGGAUACAGUGACAAUUGAAAACCUAAUGGCUGCCGUCUUGCUUCAUGACUAUUCAGUUCGACUUGGGAACUUUGCAAACGCGUUUAUGUUGAGUGGGAUUACUACGCGCAUGACCCAAGCAUUGCAAAUCAAUCUUGAAUACAACACUGACAUACUGUGCCAAGACUCAUAUGGAGGCCUUUCGGUUACUGCAAAGGAAUCCCGCCGGCGCUUGAUGUGGAGUUGUUAUAUCAUGGAUGCUCUCGUGGGAAGUGGAGUGGACCAGCUGACCCUAAUAGAUGAGCGGGACAUCAAUAUCCAACUUCCGUGCAACGACCGGAAUUUCGCUCAACAAGUCCCUUGUCUGACGGAAACUUUACGUCCGGGAAACUGGCUUCGGAUUUUCCCUGGUGAUCUAGAUACUGAUACUUUGAUUGCGAACAUGGGAAUCAUGGCAUAUUUUAUUCGACAUAUUUCAAUCCGCAAAAGGGUCCUUAGAUAUAUCAAACAUUUGGAAGAUGCUAUCGUGCCUUGGGCUCCUGAAUCUGAGUUUUCCUUGCUAGAUUCAGACUGUCGGGCGUGGUAUGAUUCACUUCCAGCUAGUCUGCAGUUCACACCCGAGGCAAUGUACAUCCGCAAAGACACUUCGCAGUUAGUCCGAAAGUACGAAGGUCUUGAUAUUAACAGCGAUCCCUCUGCUUCGAAGCAACAUCAGGGCUCUCAAGUUGAUGAGUUCCCUCAACGGGAUUGCCAAUACACUGCGGCGGAAACAAUGCUUGAUAAGUCCGGUAUCGAGUCGGAAAUAGUCCACCGAAACAUUAUCCCCGAUGAUCCAUACCAACCUAAUGAGCAGGAAGGCACAAGUCAACUCCCUCUGGGGACCCCACCCCAGAGUGCACCAGAUUACGUGCUUAACCCAUUGACGAUUUUUCGAAUGGCACGCAAAUCUAUCCCGGAACGACAUGCCCCUGAAACAGCCCGUACUUCUUCUGCACCGAAUAGCGUUAUCCCCGAUACAAAUGUCGAUGUUGAGCGUUGUUCUGGUACAUUUACGCUCAAAUCCAGUUCAGUAAAUGCAUCAGAUAGACGACAUGUUGGCCAGGCCAGCCUGGAAGAGCUACAGAAUCUGUUCAUGUCCGAUUUAGGAUGGGCAUGGCAGCCAGCAGACACAGCAGUCGGAUCUGGAACCGAGGGUGCUGGCCUGUUGCCAUGGGCUGGAGGAUAUCCGUAUGCUCAGUCAGAGUCAUGGCUGCCUGUGUUUCCUUUUCCACAGCAAAGUUAA